AUGACCUUCAUCCCCUUGUGGGUGCUGGAAGGGCUACGGUGUCACCACUGGGACUAUUUUAUCUCCCUUGGCUGGUUCUUGCCUGCCAUUGUGGCUACUGCGUUGGUCACUGGUGAUUCGAAGAGCUAUCACAAGCGCCUCGACAAUAUCCUGGAUUCCCGCAUUGAGAUUGGUGACUUCUACGCAAUCUCUUGCCACUUCCCAUUAGCUGUCCAAGAGUUCUAUGACAUCCGGGGCGAGAAGGACAAAGGUCUAGCUGGUGCAAUUGCAGACAUGUUCCAGUGCCUGUUUGACAUGAUCCUGGCCAAGCACGAUUUCCAGCCACUGUUCACUGCCUACCGUGACUACGCCUGCAAGGUCGUUGCCCAGUGGCACAUCUGA